UGGCUCUAGAGGACAAGGGCAGAAGGCACUAUGAGUGGGGGCUCUGCGGGAGGCAGGCCCAGGGGCCGCAGAGGUCCAGGGGUUCAUCAGAACAUACCUUCCACCCUCCUUAAGGACCAAGAGAACCAGCGAAUCUUCGAGAUGCUUGGACGGAAAUGCUGGACUCUGGCCACAGCAGUUGUUCAGCUGUAUCUGGCGCUGCCUCCUGGAGCCGAACACUGGACCAAGGAGUAUGUCGGGGCUGUGUGCUUCGUGAAGGAUAACCCACAGAAGUCCUACUUCAUCCGACUUUAUGGCCUCCAGGCUGGCCGGAUGCUCUGGGAACAGGAGCUGUACUCACAGCUGGUCUACUCCACUCCUACCCCCUUCUUCCAUACCUUCGCUGGAGAUGACUGCCAAGCGGGGCUUAACUUUGCUGAUGAGGGAGAGGCCCAGGUCUUCCGGGCCCUGGUGCAGGAGAAGAUACAGAAGAGCAAUCAGAGGCAAAGUGGAGACAGACGCCAGCUACCCCCACCACCAGCACCAGCACCAGCACAUGAGGAGAGACGAGGGGGGCUGCCACCCCUGCCCCCACACCCAGGUGGAGACCUAGGGGGCACACCAGCUGGCCCACUGUCCCUGGGGCUGGUGACAGUAGACAUCCAGAACCCAGAUAUCACAAGUUCAAGAUACCGUGGGCUCCCAGCACCAGGACCUGGCCCAGUUGACAAGAAACGCUCAGGGAAAAAGAAGAUCAGAAAAGCCGACAUUGGAGCACCAAGUGGAUUCAAACAUGUCAGCCACGUGGGGUGGGACCCUCAAAAUGGAUUUGACGUGAACAACCUGGACCCGGAUCUCCGGAGCCUGUUCUCCAGAGCAGGAAUCAGUGAGGCCCAGCUCACGGAUGCAGAGACCUCCAAACUCAUCUAUGACUUCAUUGAGGACCAGGGCGGGUUGGAGGCUGUGCGGCAGGAGAUGAGGCGCCAAGAACCUCAUCCACCACCGCCACCCCCAUCCCGUGGAGGAAAUCAGCCCCCCAGGCCUCCUAUUAUGGGGAGUAACAAAGGUCGUUCUGGUCCACUGCCUCCUGUACCUUCUGGGGGUGCUCCACCCCCACCAACACCCCGGGGACCCCCACCUCCAGGUCGAGGGGGCCCUCCACCCCCACCCCCCCCAGCCACAGCACGUUCUGGACUACCGCCUCCCCCACUCCCUGGAGCUGGGGGACCGCCUCUGCCGCCACCACCACCGCCACCGCCACCGCCAAGCUCUGGGGAUGGACCAGCUGCUCCCCCACUCCCUCCAGCUCUGGGGUCUGGGGGUGGCCUAGCCCCUGGUGGGGGUCGGGGAGCACUUUUGGAUCAAAUCCGGCAGGGAAUUCAGCUGAACAAGACUCCUGCAGUCGCAGAGAACUCAGCUUUGCAGCCGCCACCGCAGAGCUCCGAGGGGCUGGUAGGGGCCCUGAUGCACGUGAUGCAGAAGAGAAGCCGAGCCAUCCACUCCUCGGAUGAAGGGGAAGACCAGGCUGGUGAUGAGGAUGAAGAUGAUGAAUGGGAUGACUAACUUCCGCCCCCAGCUUGCUUCCCCACAGCCCACCCUGUGGCGCCUUGAUCCCCACUGGCAUCUGCUCUCUUCCCUGUAUCCAAGCAAGUCCUGUUUCUUGCCCAUCAACCUCCCCCUAUACUGUUAUUGCUGGCUGACCUCCACUUUCAAUAACCGGGGCCUUUUUUGGUAUGAUAUUCCUCAAAGCUCUUUGCUUAUUUUUGAAACAAAAAUAAAUGUAAUUCACUUUUUGUC